AAUUUAGAAUCCAUUUAUAAGUUGUGCCAAAAAAAAAAGAGUCCGUAAGAACUUUUUGGUUGAGUUAUUCCUUUUAUAUUGUUUUUACAACUACUAUCUAAUAUUAUACUUAUUAUAUAGUUCUUCUCCUAAACAUGUGUACUGGAAAAUCAUCACACACAAAAUCCUCACCCAAGGUUAUUCAAUAAUUGGUUACUUUUCUCACCAAAUUCAAUUACUAGUUACUUUAAUGCAUGUAUGUAUAUACGCAUUGCAUGUAAAUAUGUUUGCAGGCAUAUAGAAAAUAGGGCACCUGUGUUUAUAUUUACAUUAACUAAAUCAAUACUGACAAAAUAUUUUCCUCCUUAUUUUUUAAAGUGCGGGAAAAUAAGUCCAGCUUCUUCUGUACUGUCCCUGGGUUCUGACAGUAAAGGAAUGAACAAAGUGGAACUCAAAGAUAGAGCGCAUGACAAAACCAAGGCAGCCGCUUCUAAGAAUGUUGCAAAGGCACCAGCAAAAGAGAACAAAAAGCCUCUUGAGUUCAAGCUUCACUCUGGCGAGAGAGCAAUGAAACGUGCCAUGUUCAACUACACGGUUGCAACAAAUUAUUAUAUCACAAAACUACAGAAGAAACAAGAAGAGAGGUUGCAAAAGAUGAUAGAAGAGGAAGAGAUUCGUAUGCUACGGAAGGAAAUGGUUCCAAAAGCUCAGCUAAUGCCUUUCUUCGAUAGACCGUUCCUCCCACAGAGAUCGAGCAGACCAUUGACGAUGCCAAAGGAACCAAGCUUUGGAAAUGUAAACAGUACUUGUUGGACUUGUGUCUUCAACAACCAACACUAUCUCUACCAUAUUCAUCAUGCUCAUGCUUAAAUCCUGAGAGCCACUAGCUCAGUUAGAGGCUUUUGCUAAUUUUCAUUUCAAUCUUCCUUUUCCAAAUUAUCUUUUUAUUAAUCUUGGUAAGUUUAUGUCUCUUUUCUUUGGUCAUUUCCUCUUCUCACUUUUUCGUAGAUUUAAAUAAAUGACCGAUUUCGAUUGAUAUCAUUUCCACGUUGAUAUGUACAAGAUAGUCAGUCUUGUCAUUAAUACUUUA